AUGAGCACAUUAUUUCCCCCAGAACUAUUAACUGAAAUUUUUGAACGUUUAUACUUGGAAGAGGAGAAAAAAACUCUUGUUUCUUGUUGUUUAGUAAAUAGGCAUUGGCGUGAGCACUGUAUAAAAUUUUUAUGGAGAGAGCCAUUUGAAUCAAAAGGCAGCGUUAAAAUAUUGAUAAACUGCUUAAAGCACUAUUCAGAACCCGGCACUCUUUUAAGAGAAGGCGACGUUCAACUAGACUUUGAAUUGUUAGGAGCAGAUCAAACAAAACCCCUAUACAAUUAUGCAGCAUUCGCUAGAAGAUUGGCUAUUUUUGAGGGAUAUUCGGAAUUAGUAAAAGGAGAAAAUAUAAGCAAAGUUUUACAAAGACUUCAUGCAAACUUAUUAAUUAAAAAUUUGGUAAAUCUGAUGUUAAAAGUUGCCAAAAUCAAGGAAAUUUAUUUAGGUGAUUUAAUCCCUUAUCUGCCAAAUAACUUUCAUGAAAAUCCAGAACUUCACUUUGAAAAUAUCAGAGAAUUCCAUUAUGUUAAUACAGAUUCGCCUGGUUUAUUGAAUGAUUUUGUUGGAAUUGCUAAUGAAAUAGAAAAAUUAAGUGUUGAAAUAAAAAAACCUGACGAGGCUGGUGAUGGAUUUGGUGAACUGAUAAAUCGGCAAUCUAAAUUAAAAAUAAUUCAUCUUCAUGUAGAAAAAGAUUGCUCUUUAUUUAGUACUACAUUGGAGGCAUUAUUGGGUAAAUCAGGCUUGUUAACCGAAUUCAAAGGCUAUAUUCACACUAUGAAUGAAAUGUUGAAAGAAGGAGCAGAAUUCACAAAUAUGAAAAAAUUGGACCUAUUUAAUCAUUAUGAUGAUGAGAAUAUUUCAAUGAGUUAUUUCAAGCAUGCUGAAUUUCCAUCACUUGAAGAAUUUCAUUUUCAGUUUAAUGCUGAAGGUGAUAUAGAUGAUUUUAUUCAGUUUAUUAGCCAAAAUGGGUCAAAUCUAAAAGUUAUUGUCAUUGAAGGCAAUCCUGACGAAAGUUCACUUGAACUUUUUAAUGAAAAAAUCAGAAUAACUUGCAGAAAUUUAAAACGUUUAUCAACUCCUACAUCAUCAUGA